UGUGCAUGCUGUGCAAACAACUUAUCUGUUCUUGAUAAAUAGACACACCCCUUCCUAAAACCUAUAUAUGUACACAUGUUCAAUAAAUCGGCGUUCUUUCCCCCACUGCCCCGGCCCAGCAUGUUCGUCUUCCUAGGCACUACGAUACAUGGUGUCAGAAGUGGGAUGCGUAGUCAAGCACGGCUUUGAUCUUCAACGGGCAGCACCGUAGGGACUACGCAAUGGAUUCAUUGAGAGCGCCUGGUCCCCUAAACACGACGGGAGAAGCGAGCAAGAAUUGGCAGACGUUCAAGCAGAGAUUCGAACUCUUCCUUGCGGCAUCAGAACCGGAUGACAAGAAGCGAUCAGUGUCGUCGAAGACAGCGCUGUUUCUCAGUGUCGCAGGUGAGGACGCCAUCGAGAUAUUUAAUACGCUGAGCUUCGCAGAAGGCGAAGACAAGACCGACUACGCGACGGUCAUCAAGAAAUUUGACGAUUACUUCAAGCUGCAGACCAACGAAGUACAUGAACGCUACCUAUUUCGGAAGAGAGUUCAAAGCCAAGGUGAGCCAUUUGAACACUUCCUGCGGGACCUGAAGCAACAGGGACGGGCGUGCAAUUUCGGCGCGCUUCAGGAUUCUAUGGUCCGAGACCAGAUUGUGUACGGAAGCAACGAUGACAAGUUGAGAGAAAAGCUUCUCCGGGACUGUGAGUUGACAUUGCAGAAGGCUGAGCACGUCUGCAAGGCAGCCGAAACAUCGGCUCUCCGCCAAGAAACUUGGGAACGAGGUCAAAAGCAAGUAGACACCAUUCGCAAUGCAUGCUCGAAUCCAAAAAUGGCGCAAGCCAAGAUGUACAAAUGCUUCAAGUGCGGACGCACGCAUCAGCCUAGAGACUGUCUCGCGUACGGACGAACGUGCGGAAAAUGCCAAAGGAGAAACCACUUUGCGAUUUGCUGCAGAGCCACUGAGCUGGUCGGUGAAAUUCAAGAUCACGAAGAUGACUUAAGCGUCUUAGAGGUGUCUGAAAGAGCCGUCAUAAGCGAACGCGACUGGAUGGUUCGAAUGAACAUCAAUAACGUGUCGGUCGAACUAAAAGUGGAUACAGGGUCUCAGGUCAAUUUGAUGCCCGUUGGAAUAUACAAAAGGAUGCGACCAAGCCCUGAAAUGAAGCAAAGUAGCGUGGUGCUACAUUCGUACGGUGGAGACACGAUCAAACAUCUUGGAGUCAUUCAAACGGAAGUAACGCUGGGUGACCGAACUGUUCCCCUCGAAUUUUUCGUGGUGCGCAAAGGUCGCGCAAUCCUAGGCCUACAAGCAACCGAGCGACUUGGACUGCUCUCGCGCGUCCACAGCGUAUCACAGGACGACUGUGAAGAAAUCGUGAAAGAAUUUCGUCACAUUUUCACUGGGACAGGCUGCGUGAACAAAGUGUAUCACAUGGUUCUUCGAGACAACGCCGAGCCACUCAUUCAACCAGUUCGACGCGUACCGUUGGCCCUGGCAGAACCAUUACGGGGUGAACUUGAGAGGAUGGAGCACGCCGGAAUCAUCACAAAAGUCACCGAGCCUACUGACUGGGUAAGCAGCUCCUCCUGGCCGACAUGCUGUCCCGUGCCACAACCAAGACAACGGCCUGCGACCUCGACAGCAACGAUGUAGAGGUGCACGCCGACAACUCCACUCGAGUGCGGCGCAUCGCCCGCUGAGCUGCUGAUGGGGCGAAGGCUCCGCACAACAAUCCCCGACGUUCAAGGCAACCCCAGUCACGAGGUGAUCCGGCGCCUUCAGACAGACCACUCUAGGGGAUCAGUGGCACGCCUGAGCCCUGGAGAUACGGUCCGGAUCAAGAAAGGUGCAUGGGACACGAAAGCAAAGGUUCUCAAGCCGGCUGGUUACCCGAGGUCGUAUACAGUCGUCACUGAAAACGGCACGGUGUUGAGGCGCAACCGGCAGCACCUGCUACUGACCCGGGAGCCCUUCCGACGCAGCGUACAGGAAGACGACGACGAUGACUUCGAGGGAAACUCGGGCCAAAGAAAUGGGUCGGCACCUAGCUACACAGAAUGCACAGCCCCGUCUAUUCCUUCUGAGCCCUGUGCCCCAAUUAGUGUCUCAUCCACACCAGCCCCAAGGAGGUCGCUCAGACAACGUCGACCGCCUCAACGUCUGGCCUACGACGAGAACUUCGCGCAAGUGCCUUGAACUAAAGUGCCUGACAAUUUUCAUUAAUGUUAUUUUCCCAAUUCUUGUUUUGUUUUUCGUACAAAGGAAGAUGUAUCGUAUCUUGGGCGCCGAGCGCCACACGUGUUCCGCGCAAGCACAUUGUAUGUCACUACGCAUGCACCAUGUGCAUGCUGUGCAAACAACUUAUCUGUUCUUGAUAAAUAGACACACCCCUUCCUAAAACCUAUAUAUGUACACAUGUUCAAUA